AUGCCGGAAUCACAAAGAAAACCAAUGAGUGAAUUCCUCAAAGGACGACCAAGCGGAUAUACCAUGGUCCAUGAGGUUAAAACUCACAGUGGAAGUUUAUAUGGGAUUUCAGUCAACCAAAAACUGCCUAUUGUCUGCUGUGUCGGCGAAAAGGCUAAGUGGACAUUAAUUGCCGCCGAUCAGGGGAUUGUGCUUGAUAGCGGACCAAAGCAGAAAACUUGGCUCUCCAGUGUAGCCUUCCAUCCAAACGGAGAAGGCUUCCUCACUGCUACUGCCGAUGGUAUUCUUCAGUUUUGGUCCUUGUGCACAAACGAUGAAGUGAACCCCGAGACGCGAAUGCAGUCCCUCAGUCAAGAGCACUGCGGAGCCGUGUGGAGCAUUGAUUGGCACUGGGCUGGCAACUGCUUCGUAACUGCCGGUCUCGACCACUUGGUUCGUCUCUGUGAUCCAGAGCGUAUGCCAGCGUCCACGUCGUCAGUGGAAGUGCACAAAUCGGCCUGUCAAAUGGUCCUCCGGGGCCACACGGCCUCAGUGAAUUCGGCUCAUUUUGUGCCUGAUGGUCGCAUACUGGUGACGGCAUCCGCUGAUAAAUCAGUUGGUCUGUGGGACACGAGAACGGUAACUACCUAA